UAAUAUUUUGUUCAGAUUUUUAACCCCGGAGGGUUAGCCACCCAGGGUAACCCAAGAAAGUCAGUGCGCCAUCGAGGACUGUCUUAUUUCCAUUGGGGUCCUUCAGUCUUGUCCCCCAGGAUGCUACCCACACCAGUCCAUUAACACCCAGGUAGGAGACAAUGGGCUCCAAUGAUGAUGAAUUCACUACAAAAGAAGAAGCCUGGGUUUUCUAUAAGGACAGAGAAGAAUGGGCAGAUGUAACACCAAUACCCCAAGAUGAUGGUCCAAAUGCAGUGGUUAAAAUUGCUUAUACAGAUACCUUUACAGAUGUGUAUGACUAUUUUCGAGCUGUAAUGGCUGGUGGAGAGCUCUCCGAGAGAGCUCUAGAACUUACCGAAGAUGCUUUGAAUAUGAAUGCUGCAAACUAUACUGUCUGGCAAUAUAGGAGGAAGGUUCUCAAACAUUUAGGUAGUGAUCUAGAGGCAGAAUUGACAUUUUGUCGUGAGAUGAUUGAAAUGAAUCCCAAGAAUUAUCAAGUGUGGCAUCAUCGGCGUGUUGUUGUAGAGUGGCUUGGUGAUGCUAGCAAAGAACUGAGACUGACAGAGAUGAUCUUUAAUCAAGAUGCCAAGAAUUACCAUGCUUGGGAACAUCGACAGUGGGUUCUCAGAACUUUUAAACUAUAUGAUGGAGAGCUUAAUUAUGUUGAUAGACUCCUUGAAGAAGACGUGAGGAAUAACUCUGCUUGGAACCAGCGGCACUUUGCUAUUACACAAACCACAGGCUUCACACCAGAUGUGAUAGAGCGAGAAGUGGAAUACACCAAAAAGGCCAUUAGUAAAGUUGUGGGUAAUGAAAGCCCAUGGAGUUAUCUCAGAGGAGUUGUCCAACACUGUGAUAAUGGGAUGAAUAGCAUUGGUAACCUGGAGCAAUGGUGUCAGCAAAUGUAUGAAGGUGGGCAACGAUCACCUCAUCUUCUUACCUUCAUGAUAGAUCUCUUGGAAGACAGGAUGGAACGAGAGGCUUCAGAAAGACCACUUUUACUGAAGCAAACUCAGGAGAUAUGUGAAUCUUUGGCCAUGGAACAUGACAAAAUUCGCCAAGAGUACUGGCGAUACAUAGAAAGAAACCUUAGUCAUAGAUUUGGUGCAUAAGCAGUGAAAUUCAGUAAUGAACUUGGUUUGUUGCCCUUUUAAUAAUGGACUUCAAUGCUUAGGUAUGUAACAAAGCAACUUUGUGAUUCCUGCAAGUUUAAAGCUUAAACACUCUUACACCAUUUCAUAUUUAUCCUAUUCAGUACCUGUAGUUUGUUGCCCUUGUUCAUAUGGGCUUUAAGAAGGAUAUUUCAGUCUUAAGCAUGACUAUAUUAUGAUUUAGGAUGGCCUUUUUUUAUUAGGAACCUGUCUUCAACAGUAUUUCAACAACCAUUUUUUUUGGGGGGGGGGGGGGCAGUUUCUCUGAAUGUCUGAACCAGAUUACAGGUGAUCUUUGGUAUUUGUGAAUAUGAAUAUCAUUUUACAGUGCAAUUUAUUUAGGCAUACAGGUAUUGGAACCAUACUCCCCUUCCCUAGAUUAAACCUAAUUACCUCCCAUACCAUAGGCACUGUAAGACUCAUGGUUUCAACACUCCCAAAAUGAUUACAUUCAUGGGAGUGCUAGACCCAUAGGGGUCAUUUGGUGCUGAGAGGACUGGCAGACAGACCUAAUUCACAGAAAAGGAAAAAUAUGUCUAAUCCCUUGGAGUAAAUGUCCCACGCUGGCAUAAAGGGACCUAACUUGGAGUUAUUACAAUUAUAGUAAUUGUAUAUAAAAAAAGUGCAAUUUGAAGCAUUGAUCAUAUCUUGCAUUGACUAGAUUAUAUAGAAAGCUUAAUAAUAUGAACCAUUGUUUAUAUAGUAGCUACUAUAGGUUCUGUUAGUGUAUCCAUAUGAAUACAUAGAAGAUGAAGGCAUACUGGAGUAAAAUUUUAAAUACAAUAUAUUGAAGCUGGACUGCAAAAGUAGCUAAUCCAAUGAUUUUACUAUUUGUGUUAAAUGUAAAAAAAAGAAAAGUUGAAAUUCUUACUAGUUUUAAAAAAAUAUAUAUAUAAAUUUAC